AUGUUCUCCUCGUCGGUCCAGCCCGGCAUAGUCUCUCUGUUCUCCUCGACAUCUAGCGAUCCUCUGGCGCUCUUUUCCACUCAUAUAGACGCACAGCUGCCGUCCGAUUCCUUCAUCCAUUUACUGAACGACUCCAAGAACGAGCCGGCACCGGCACCUCCAGCUAGUCUAAUCGAGGCAGCCCCGACGAGCGGGGAAGGCGAAGGGAAAGGGUACGAACUGUGCCAGAAAGUAUUGCAUCUACAGAGUCCUACAAUUCGGAAGACGUAUAUCCGAUGUCCGCGUGAUAAACGCAGGGGAAGCCUGCGAUUGAAACAUCCUUGGAUGCAUAUACAAGUACGGGAUAUGGGACGCGAAUGGAGCUUUGAGGUGGGCGUGGUCGAUAGAGGCGGAAGAGAGGGUAUAAUUCGCUGCUCGACGUUUCAGAAAUCGCCCCGCCUGACCCUAUCCUCCCCACCUCUCCUACACCUCCCGCUCUCCUUCCCCCCUCCUUCUCCGUCUAAACUAACCACAUGGUCGACCGUCGCCCUAAAUCUACCCUCCCUCCUUUCCCACUUCACAUCAACGACUCUUCUCCAGGCUGCCCACCGCAAAUCUGACGAGCAAGGUAGCGGCGGCACGUUACCCAGCGGCUCAUACUCGCACGUCUCAUACGUGAAGGUAUACGCGACUUGCCGCCUGCGUAGGAUCUGGUUCAGCGAGACCAUGACGGGCUCUGGGCAGAGCGCGCCUUGGGAGUUCCAGUUGUACGCGGCCGAGUGA